AUGGGAACCUCGCAUACCAACGCAGAGCAGCAUCUGGAUAACUACGCAUCUGCCUCUGGGUUAAUGCAACUGAGCUCAGUGGCAUUAGUAGCUGCUACUGAUGGUAACAAUUCCAGCAGCAGCAAUACCGUGUCCGAAACGGCCGAUACGUCGCUGCCUUCCGGCUGGCAACAGAUCAUUCAUGGCUCUGGUCUGCCUUGUUACGUACACAACGGACUGGGUGUCGUUUGCUGGACGCGGCCGUAUUCACUGGGGGUCGGACACUCUGGGACAUUGUCUCAGUCGGAACUCCAUCGUCUCGUUAAGCAGCACGUACCCCCGUUAAACACUUUUGCCUCAACGUCGGGUGAGGUCAUACAGAGACAGCAUUCAGACUCGACAGCUGAUUGUACUUCGUCGUCAAUGUCUGUUUCCCAAGAACCGGCUCAAUCGAAGAAGCGUAAGCUGGACGUGCUGGUGAAAGAGCAGAAGAGUAGUGACUCGCAGCCAUCAAUGACGUUAGAAGAGUUCAAGAAGCUGUCUAUAAGUGACCCUUGUGUCCUCCAAGCGUGCAUGGAACUCUCGAUAAAAACACCAGCACAAGUACUUCAGGAGUAUCAAAACCGAAAUCGUGGUGUGUCCAUUAACUACAACACGGUGCCAAUUAAUGGUGGUGGGGUAAAGCUUUUCAAAACGAUAGUAACUGCUGGUAGCACGGUUGCCGAGGGUGUUGCUUCGACAAAGAAAAUUGCGAAACAGUUAGCAGCGCAGCAGGUGCUAGCAAUACUGCAUGAACACACGGCUCAGAGAUACCACGAAGUGGCGGAAAUGUACAACAAUUCUCUGAAGUGUCAGUCAGUGAUCACCGAGUCAUCCACGUACGGACCGACGAUUCCACUUCGCAACGAUGCCAGGGGCGGACGCAACAGUGAAGAUCUUCGCCAUCAACGUGGUGGGAAUGCGUCAAAUCGGAUGCGACGUGCUCGUCGUUUGCCUCCCAAUCAGGAGUAUAAUGUUAGCGGAGGUUACCGAGAAUGUGAUGUUGAUCGACGAGGAAAUGUGCCACCCAAUUGGAGUCCAUAUAAUCAGCAAUCGAUGCAGCUUGGACCACAACAAGCAGGCUUGUGGGAUGCUAGAGGUCAGCAAAAUGAUGCUGGAAUGAUUAACGGUGGUCCUGAACGAGUAGUGGUGUACUCGACGACACCAGCUGGAUCCACAAGGGACUAUAGCGGCGGACAGUACUACAACAAUGCUCAUGUGGGUGGAAAUGUUUGGGGCCGCUACCCGAAUGCCAACCACCCCCCUAUUCAGCCGAAUCUGUCUGACAUUUAUCCUCAGCAAUACAGUGGCGGCUAUGAGAUAGGUCAGCCACCGCCUGAACAAAACAGACCGUACGGCAAUUAUCACUCGUCAGACCGUCCAAACACCUCCAUUGAACGCGUUACAGGCAAUCUACGCAACCAGAUGUCAAACCAGUGA